AUGGGAAAUGCUGACACAAAACUGAAUUUUCGUAAAGCAGUAGUGCAACUAACAUCAAAGAACCAACCUAUUGAUGCAUCAGAUGAUAAUUUCUGGGAUCAAUUCUGGUCGGAAAGCGUGACAAAUGUGCAGGAUGUGUUUGCGUUAGUGCCGGGAGCGGAAAUUCGUGCUCUGCGCGAGGAAUCUCCAAAUAAUCUCGCUACACUUGUGUACAAAGCUGUUGAAAAAUUGGUUAAGAUUGUAGAUAGCAGCUGCCGUACACAACGAGAACAGCAGACUGCUCUUAAUUGUGCCAGAUUGCUUACGCGCGUUCUUCCUUACAUGCUGGAAGAACCUGAAUGGCACAGUUUUUUCUGGUCUUCCCUGCCAGCUGCUGCAGAAAAUGAAUCUGUACCCCUCGCACAGUCUCUUAUCAAUGCUAUAUGUGAUCUUCUUUUCUGCCCAGAUUUUACAGUGACCAGUUCAAAGAGAUCUGGACCUGAACGCGCCGAGGAGCUAGCGUCUUUAGACAGCUGCGAGUAUAUUUGGGCGGGCGGUGUAGGCUUUGCGCGCAGUCCGCCCCGCUGUGCAACCCACGAAGCGAAUCGGACAGAACUGUUGCGACUCCUUCUAACUUGCUUCAGUGAAACGAUCUAUAGGCCUCCACAACAAGCAGCCACACAUCACAACAAGUGGAUUGCUUUCCUCACGAGCCCCGACAACCGGCACGCGCUGCCCUUGUUCACAUCACUCCUCAACACAGUAUGUUCGUACGAUCCAGUUGGUCUGGGCGUGCCAUACAACCAUUUGCUCUUUGCUGACACGUUGGAACCCCUAGUAGAGGUAGCACUGCAAGUGUUAAUAGUAACUUUGGACCAUGAUACAAGCAACGUUGUUAGUGAAGAUGCUGAAGAAACACUACCAGACAAUCUCUUCAUAAACUACCUAUCUCGCAUCCACCGCGACGAAGACUUCGGCCUGGUCCUUCGCGGGGUGACGCGCCUUCUCAAUAAUCCCCUGCAGCAGACCUACCUCCCGAACUCGAGCAAAAAGGUCGCGUUGCAUCAGGAGUUGCUUGUGCUUUUCUGGAAGAUGUGCGACUAUAACAAGAAAUUCAUGUACUACGUGCUGAAAAGCAGCGAUGUUCUGGAAGUUCUAGUCCCGAUACUGUACCAUCUCAAUGACUCGCGAGCAGACCAAUCACGAGUUGGUCUCAUGCAUAUUGGAGUGUUCAUCCUUCUCUUACUAUCCGGGGAGCGAAACUUCGGUGUCCGUUUGAAUAAGCCCUACACAGCCACUGUGCCGAUGGACAUUCCAGUGUUCACGGGCACGCAUGCGGAUUUGCUCGUGGUCGUCUUUCACAAGAUUGUGACCACGGGACAUCAGAGGCUGCAACCGCUGUUUGACUGUCUACUUACCAUACUGGUUAAUGUUUCGCCAUAUCUAAAGACCCUGUCGAUGGUAGCGUCAACGAAGCUUCUUCAUCUCCUGGAGGCGUUCAGCACCCCCUGUACCAAUUUGAUGGCAAUUCUAACCUGGUCUACACCAAUAAUAAGGAAGCGUGCUGUGUUCCACAACCUUGCCAAUUUACCCCACGAGCACGCAUCGAUCGCUCGAUCACUGGCUGCCGCCACCAACACCAGGGAUGCGGAUAAAGCCUUACCGAGGUCACGAAGCACUGAGUCAGUUGUGGAGACAGCGAUGGAGGGCUCCAGACCAGCUCAGCCGGCUGAGCCUGGCACCCUGAACCCUACUUUACCAGAUACACCAGCCAUAGCGACGAUGACGGAGCGUGAAUCUGCGCACCCCCCGGCACGAGAGCAACUGCUGCCGCGUCGCUCUGGAGAUGGAGAGGACCGGACGGACGCAACGGAAUCCGACAGGGAGGACGUUACGAGGACUGUGACACACCGAGACAGCCUCCGCGUUGGUGAGGAGAAGAGCGAUAGCGGGUGGAAGGCGAGCAGUGAGUGGGUAUCGAGCUGGAGGGGCAGACUACCGCUGCAGACGAUCAUGCGUUUGCUGCAAGUGCUGGUACCGCAGGUGGAGAAAAUCUGCAUUGAUAAGGGCCUAACAGACGAAUCAGAAAUCCUCCGGUUUCUCCAACACGGCACUCUGGUCGGUCUACUUCCGGUGCCCCAUCCAAUCCUGAUUCGCAAAUACCAGCCUAACGCCGGCACAGCGGCCUGGUUCCGUACAUAUAUGUGGGGAGUUAUAUAUAUUAGAAACGUGGACCCACCGAUCUGGUACGACACGGACGUGAAGCUUUUCGAAAUACAGCGAGUCUAA